AUGAAUCAACAAUUUAGCGUAGAAUACUUGAGAAUCAAUCCUAAUCGUUACCGUAGAUUACCAUCACUUAAUGCCACAGGCAGUCAAAUUUUCAAGUACAGAGAGAGUUAUAGAUUAGUCUCUCUUAGGAAAUGAUUACGUCGAGGACUAAGAAGAAUUUUUUAAAACCGAAACUGGUAUGCAUGUUCAUUAUUCUCAAAGUAAGCUUUAUCACACAAAAAAGAUGAUAGUAAGAACUUCUAUCAUCAUUCUACUAUAUAUAAUGUAAGAGAGUUUAAAGAAUUGAACAAAGUUUAAGAGUAAGUUUACAUUCUUACUUUUAGCUAACAAGAGAAUAAUCUAACGAAAUAUACUGAAUUAUAGACUAAAAUUAUGGUUGCAGAUUUCAAAAAAAAAGUAGAUGCAUUCCUAUCUAAAAAUAAUUACAAAAUAAAUAUGGUUGGUAGUAAAAUAACCUCAUCAUAACAUGAAUUAGAAUCAUUUCAAUCAACCAAUAAUGGAGAAUAGUUAAAUAAAUCUCUAUGUUCUAAUAAGUAUACUAUUCGUACUGAAUGUAAGUAUUAUAUUUCUUAUUUUAGAUAAAUCUAUGAAAGCAACAGAAAUACUUGUUAUAAGUAAUAAUAAGGUUGUUUCAAGAUAAAUAAUUUCAAGUGAAUUAAUUUAACAGAGAUUACUUAAAUAAAUGGAGCAUUUUCUAAAAGAUGAAAGAUUUAAUUAUGAUUUGAAGUAUCCAAACUUAUUUUUAUUAGGAUGUAAACAAUGAUAGAUUAAUAUGAAGACAUUGUUAAUAGGAUAAGACAAUAAGCUUACACAAUUAAACUUCCAUAAAAUUAUCAAAUUUAAAUGAGUGACUAUAAUGAGUUCUAUUAUAAAAAAGAAGAACCAUAGAUUCCUUCUUUAAAUGAUAAAUUAGAUCUAUUGGCUGACUAAAUAAUAUAGGAAAUUUAGUAAUCAAGAGAAUCUACACCAUAAAUGUAAACUCAAAUUAAUGAAGUGUAAUAAGAAGAAUUUUCUCCAUGUAUAGAGGAGGUAAUUAAAACUGAACCUGUUUGUAUAAAAGAGGAAGAGACUCCUCCAAAAUAAGAUGAUUUAAAUAAUGAAUAGAUUCGUGAAAGAAAGAUAUCAUAAAGAAAAGCAAAGCCAAAAAAAAAAUAAUAAUAAAUAUAAUAAUCAUAAUAAAAAUAAAAUGAAUCAACAUCUGAAAUAAAUAAUACAAAAUCUUAAUAAUCUAGUUAAACGGAAUUACCAGAUAUCUCUUCUAUACAAUAGUUUCAACCUAAACCUAAUAAAAAAGAACAUAAAGAGAAAAAAAAUAAUUAAUAAAAUUCUUAACCAAUUUAAAUCUAAUAAUAAAAAUAGGUCGAUAUUAUUCCUAAUUAAAAUUAGUAAGUUCAAGUAAUUUAAAAUUAACACAUUAUUUAGAAUAAUAAUAAAAAACAGUAAAAUAUUGAUAAACAUAAAGGCAAAGUUCAUUCAAGAAAAAUCACAGGAGAUACUGUUACUUAAAGAUAAGUACCUGUUUAUUUAGAUAUACCAAAAGAAUAAGUUUUAGAAACCUUGAGUGAAAAAUCUCAUGAUGAAACAUAAUAAUUAGAAGAAAUCUAAAUUAAAAAGUAGGAAUCUCCAAAAUAAGAAUAAAAAAUUUAAUAAAUUGAAAUUUAAGAAAAAGAAGAAAUUCAAAAAGUUUAAGAAGUUGAAAAUUAAUAAAUAGAUACAAUCUAGAAUUAAUAAAUUAUUAAACCUACAAUCAAUAAAUAAUCACAUUACCCUGAAUAAAGAGAUGCUAUAGAUAUUUGGGAUAAUACUAAAACUACAAUUCAAAAAUCAAAUCCAAAACCUAAACCAAUUUAAUAAGAAAACAAUAAAAUUGUUUAGAUAUAAUAACAUAAUAAUAACUCCAAUUCAUAAUAUAUAGAAAGUAUUGAUUUAAAUUAAAGAAAACCUUCAUUAAGUUAAGAAUAAAUUUAAUAAGAAAUUCUAGAUGAAAAUACUUCUGAUUAAAAUGCACUUUUAAAUGACAUAGAACCAAAAGAAAUAAAGGAAGAAUCUAAAAUUAAAUAAUUACAAUAAGAAAAUCAAAUCAUUAUUAAAAAUUCAGCAAAGUAAUAAAUAGUAAUAACAAAUCCUAUUUAAUUAAAUUAGGAGAUGGUCUCAUAAAAAAUAAAAGAAGAUGAGGAUCUUAGUAAAAUUGAUUACUAAUAAAUUAUCAACGAAAAAAUGAAAAUAAUUGAAUAAAAACUAAAAUAACCUUGUCUUGAUAUAAUUGAUAUAUUAUUAGCUUCGGAUCUAGUAUAUAAUGUAAACAUAGAUAAAUUCAAAAUUUCCAAAUCCUAUAAAAAGAAAGUUAAUCAUCCAGCAUUUAUUUUUCAAUAGAAGGAUGAAGAAGAAGUCUUUGCACUUUAGUAAAUUCCAAAUAUAAUUUAGGGUUAUAUGGAGGCAUGAAUUAUAAGAAGUAAUACCAAAAUUGUAAAAUUUAAAUAAGCAAAUGGAGGUUUUAAUAGAUGAAAAUGAUGAUUUUGAAGUAGAUAGUUUUAACAAUAAUGAAAAAUCAAAUAUAGAAACUGAUAACUGA